GGUUGGAGGCAUCGGUGAAUGGACUUCUUGCUCUGACUGUUUGUGCCGCUGUCAGGAUGUCGGUGUCUGACUUCCACCUGAACUUUGACACGAUGGAGGUGUGUCACCUGACGGAGGCGCAGAGCGCGCCCGGCUCUGACGUGUCGCCGUGGAAAUGCGUCAUGCAUCAUGGAGCCUGGAUACCGAACAUCACAGCUGGAGGACCUCCUGAAAACAACUUCUUCUGGCAGAAUCCCCAGUUCCUUUUGGUUCUGUCGGAGGUGGACAGAAACAGCCAAAAAGGCUGUUCCUUCAUUGUGGCCCUCAUGCAGAAAUAUCAGAGACGCCGAGGCAUUAAUCUCACUGUGGGCCUGCAUAUAUACCAGGCUCAUCCUCAGAACACCUUCCUGUCAGCAGAGGAUCUGCGGAGAGGCUUCCUCUUCUGCACGAGCUACUCGACGCGGCGGGAGGUCGUCCUCCGCACCUCGCUCCCUCCGGGUCGCUACAUCAUCAUCCCCUCGACCUCUGAACCCAACCAGCAGGGGGAGUUCCUGCUCAGGGUGCUGACGGAGCCGGGCAGCCACGCCACUCCGGCUCACAAACCGACGCCGCUCGACGCUUUGUCGAGGAGAGAGCACUCGUUUCCUCACCAGGCCGCGCUGCCGACGGACGCAGCCAUCAGAAAGCUUUUCCACAGACACAGCAACAAGGAGGGUUUGUGUAAACCUGUGCGGCUGCAGCGGCUGCUGACUGAGGCGCUGCAGGGCGGAGUGUUGGCAGGAAGUGAGCGGUACCUUUCUCUGGAGCACUGCAAGAGCCUGGUAGUCCUGAUGGACAGCCAAGGCAAAGCGAAGCUGAACUGGUCUGACUUCCAGCUGCUGUGGGACAAAAUCAGGAAGUGGACGGAUAUCUUCCUGGUUUACGACACGAAUAAAACUCAUCACCUGGAGUACAAAGAGGUCGAACCGGCCCUGAAGGCAGCAGGCAUCAUGGUGAAUGGUCUGGUGAUGCAGCUGGUGGGACUGAGAUACACGGAGAGCGACCUGACCAUCAGCUACCCCGGCUUCCUGUUCCUGCUCAUGAAGAUGGAGAGCAUGAUCCACAAAUUUCAAGUUCAUGACGUAAUGGGACUUGGAACCAUAACAAUCAGCUACACACAGUGGCUCUACAUGACCUUGUACAGCUGAGGCGGACCCGCUGCGCCCGGAUCCACUUUGUUUCGCUUCCUUUUCGUUUUUAUUCUCCCACAUGUGAACCUUUUAUCACCAUGAUCAGAGCCUGCUUAUUUGGGUCUCUUGAGGAAAUUUAAAAUUUCAUUUACCCGUUUAAUCUUCUUCUAAACAUUGAAUGUUGAGUCUGGUGAAAAUAUUUCCUCAAUAAAUUCAGCUUUUACUGAUUA